AUGUCAAACCCCACACCCUUCCACCAGUGGCCCAUAUUGACCGAUGCGUCGACAGCAGACCGCAACCCCGGUCUCUGUCCCUGGGAGUCCAGUGAGGGCAUUAUCUAUGAAGUGGCAGACUCGGACGCUUUAUGGCUGACUGUAGAACUGGAUGCGAGCCUGAAUGACCUCGAGGACGAGAGCCUGCUGCGGUUCGUGCUUACACAUAUCAAGAUGGCGAACGCCGUUGUCGGUCCUCGGGCACAGCAUUGUAUUAGACCUAGGUGUCUGUCGAUUCCUUGUAGGAUUUCGGAUUCUUACGCAGAGAGCCAGGCUGAGGCCUCUCGGCUGGUGCUGUUGUGGAUUGGGCAGGUUAGGGCUGGGAAGGCGUGGCUUGAUCGAGACGUGCUUUUUGGUCCUCGUUAG